AUGCCGGCUGCUACCGCUGCAGCAUCUGUCGCCGCCGCGAGCAGCUACCCUUCGUCUGUCACGCUCUCCAAUGGUGCUAUCUUUCCGCUCGCAUCGUUCGGCCUCCAGAUAUACGAUGACGCGACCGCAGAGAAGCUGACGCUGCUCGCCAUCGAGGCGGGCUUCCGCAACUUCUUCGCAUCGGUGCUCGCGCGGAACCAGGCGGGCUUUGCGCGAGCCAUCAAGCGGUGCGGCGUCCCGCGCGAAGAGCUCUUCAUCUGCGGCAGCGUCGUAUCGAACCGGGCGGUCGAUGAGGACACGGCCUACAGCUUCACUCAGCUAGGGUGCAGGGAGAACAUGGAGGCGUUCGGUACCGGCGGGAUCACUCAUCUCGAUAUGAUCAUGCUAGACUACCCCGGCCCAAGCGACGCCUGCAUAAGAGGACAGUGGCGGGCGUUCGAGGAGAUGCAGUCUGCGGGCCUCGUCCGCAGCCUCGCCGUGAGCAACUUUCGGCCGGCUCAGCUGGACGUUGUGUGUGCGACCAAGAAGGCGGCUCGGCCGGUCGUCAACCAGCUCCCGCUCUGCGUGGGAUACCACGACAGCGGCGUCAUCGCGGCCAACGCGCGGCGCGGCGUCCACGUCCAGGCCUGGUCGCCGCUGGGGAAUGGCCGACUCACGCGCCUCUCUCGCGACGCGGCCGACGCCAAGGAGCUCUGCUCCGAGAUUGGGCGGCGGCACGGCAAGACAGGGUUUCAGGUGGCGCUGCGCUGGCUCACGCAGGCCGGCGCGAGCUUCACCGUGGAGGCGAGCAGCGCGGAGCACUUUCGCGACGACGUCAGCCUCUUCGAUUUUGAGCUGAGCGUUGAAGAGAUGGCCGCGCUCGAGCGAAUUAACAAGCAGCCCGAGCUGGAGGGCUCCGUCACGGGGCCGAAUGCUUGA